AUACAGUGUACACACAUACACAUAGUUUGAAGUCUACCUGACGUAGGUAGAUAUACAUACCUAUAGGUAAACGGUGUAUUAAAUAUUUGCCAUCGUUGCGGAUCGCUGUGUACUAGAAAUGUGACGGAUUCGGUAGUCUUCGUUAACGUUUUAAGGGAUAAUAUGUGAAAUUGAAAACUAUGUAUAUUUGGAUAAAUAUGGAGAAAUUAUGGUGAACGUUACACGUAAUAUGGACCCAUUGGGAACUCGCUACCUCGUGGUAGAUUACCUGAACUACCGCCUGUCGAAGAAUGGUCACACUUGGACGCAUUGCCCGCCCCUCCUAGAUCCUCCUCUGAAGAUCCACACCACAAUGAGGGAGAAGGGGGACGAAUUUGAGGAUCUUUACCGAGUCCAGUUUCAGGAGUUAGUGGAUCAGUUACACGUGACUCAUGACACCUGUUACCCCAUGUUUAAAGCUGUGGUGGAGGAACUAUUUCAGGGAGGGAUCAAUUGGGGGCGGAUAGUGGCCCUUUUCGCCUUCAGUGGAUCCCUCUCCACUCGUUGUGUGGAGAAAGGAAUGGCGAGUUUAGUGGAACUGAUAGUCGAAUGGAUGACGCAGUUCAUUGAACAAGAUUUAAGUCAGUGGAUUGAUCAACAUGGGGGAUGGCAAGGUUUUGUGGAUUUCUAUUCCAAGAGAGACAGGUCUACAAAUGAUGACACCCCCUGGGUUAAGUACGGAGUGAUAGGGGCCGUGGGAGUGUUGGCUCUGGGGGCAUUUAUGACACAAAGGACUUGAAUUAUGUCUGUGUUACAGGGACCAAGCCAUCAUGUGUUAGCCCAAGUUCUUCUGCCCAUCUUUCUGCAUUUGGAACAGAAGAAGUACAUGCUGCAUUUGGAACAGAGGAAAAUGCAUUAUAAAUUAUGUGCAUUUUAUGAAUGUUUGAAAUGUCGCAAUUCUUUAAGCCAAUUUCAGGAAAGGGGGGAGUUCAGUUGUCUGUUAUUCUACAUGUGAGGGGCCACAUCUAAUUCUGCAGACAGUAUGAAAUCCAUCUGGUUACUCAUUUUAUGGAAAGAUAAUUGGUUAUGAGUGUUGUAACUUGUUGGGAGAGAAGAGUGUGCUGUAAUGUGUGUUUGUUUUUAUUGUUGAAUAUUUUCCAGAUAAUUCAGGAUUUAUAAUUAUGUUGCUAAGGGCAAUUGUGGAAUACAUGUACAUGUAAUGUGUAUCAUGAGUCAUGAAGAUGCUAGAAAUAGAAAAUAAAUUGAUUUGUUUUCAUUUGCCGAGUAUCAAUAUAUACAGCUGGCUACAGGAUUCGGUUGUUGUAAAAAAAAAAAUUUUUUUUAUGGAAAAUAAGCAAAGUAGCAUACAUGGCAAAGGGAAGAAAAAAAAAUGUAGAUGUGUACUUUUAUUUAUUGAUUAAAAGAGCUCUUUUUUUUGGAUGAUCACACUAUAGAUUUGUCUAAAUGCAAAAGAAAUAAGCAUUAUUGUUACAUGCAUUAUUUACUGUUAACCAUGUCAAUUAGUUGAUCUUGCUUUAGUGAAGUUCUUUGACAAUAGACAAAAUUGUAUAAUGUAUCAGUAGACUGUUAACAGCUUCCCAUAUAAGACAAAAAUUGUACAAAUUGUGUAUCUGAAAAUUUUCUCCUAUACUUAUAGUAUGCCCUCUGUGUCCAAUCUUUUAAUGGUCCCCAAAUCUGAGUACAUUAAUUUUAUAUGUUCCCUUAAUGUUGUGAUUGGGAAGGCAUUUAUUUAUGAAGGUGUUUUCUGUGAAUAAUUUCUUGUUUUUUAUGUCUGUAUUCAAUAUUUCAUAAGGAGUCCUCUCAUUCAAGUGCCAUAUCCAAUAUUGUCUGUCCAGUUUGUAAAUGGUGAAAACUAAACUUCAAGAAAAAAAAAUCAUGAAAAAAAAUUCUGGAAUAAUUAUUUCCCUUCUUAGUUGGAGUUGAUAAAUGAAGUUGCACUUCUGAUUGAUGUCUUAUGCUGAUUGGCUAUUCCAUACAAAUUCUGUAGACUAGAGUUGUCUUUUCUUUGUUAUUUGUUGUUAAUCCUGACUUAAAAGAUGUAAGGGAAAGGUGUGUUGAUUGUAAAGUAACAAUGAAAGAGUUAGUACUGUGUAAAAUUUUAUUUGAUCAUUUCACAUUAAUUUAUUAUGUCUCUUCAACUUGUCAAAGAUUGUUGGUGUAUAUUUACUUGUGUACCCCUUUUAAACCUUACAUUUUUGACCUUACCUUAAACGUAUGUCUUCAUUUUUUCAUAAAAAGGGAAAAGUCUAUAACUGACAUAUGAAGCUUAAUUUUUUGUGAACAAGAAAUGCUGCAUUCAUUACAUGUACAUAUCAACUCCACUUCUAUUUGUAAGUUGAAUUCUAGUGAACUGACUAGUUAUACCUACUGUUCUAAAGUUGUUUUAAAUAUGUAUGACUACAUCAAAAAAGUCCCCUUUGAUGAAUCAGAUAAACUUAUCCUCAUUUCUGUGAUUUUCUCCAAAUCUUAUCCAUUUUGUCAUGGAGAUGGUUUAUUACCGUGACUGGGGGGAGAAUUUGUACACAUUCUGUAACUGAUUUAAGUGUUUUUUUAAGGCCUCCUAGACUCUCCUUUUCCUAGAUGAUUCCAGCAUCACAAUCAUUGAAUAAAGGAUAAUUAAAUGUACCAUAUUCUUUGAUUCACACAGACUCUACAUUUGUAAUGCUUUGCCAUUAAUUAUGUACAGUGCAUAUGUACAAAAAUGUGUUAAUUUUAAAAUUAUAUUCAUUUGGCAGCCAUUUUUGAACAUUAUCUGUUUCUUUAUGAUUUUAUUAGUUAGUGCUGUUUAUAUAAUAGCCCUAUAAUUGUUUCAGUGUAACUGUGUUGAUGGUGUAUAAAUUUGAUAGGCAAUGAUAUAUUAGCCUGUUAAGGAAAAAUAAAACUUUAUACAAAAACU